UCUCUUUCUUUCUUGAAGUUGAUUUUGUCUUUGGCGCCAGUAAUGUGUCACAGACAUUAUAUGCAGCAUAUGGCGCGUGAGAUCCGCCUCUCCUCCAUCAACCUGCGGCUCAUCCCGCUUUUCCAUUGGCCUUUUAUUCCACUGCCAGGAACUCGCUUUAAUCGCAUCUAUUCCGCGUCUCCCUCGACACGAUCGGAAGCGACAGAGUUAAAUCCGCUCUUUCCCACACGCAGACGUCUGUUCAGCUCGGAAUUAGACCGUGGUUUAUUGGUAGACGGUCGGUUGCGCUCUAAUUCAAUCAGCAGAGAUCGUGCUGGAGGUGGGGCCACCGAGCAGAACAGCGCGCACCACAACAUUAUUUUCCUGUAAGUGCAUUCAAGAAACAUGAGUGAUUCAGAGAAACAAACACUCUCCCGUAAAGACAAGGAUGGAGUGGAGAAAAGGGGACGAGGAAGACCAAGGAAACAUCCAAAGGAAUCGAGUGGGUCGCCAACUGCAAAAAGACCAAGAGGACGGCCGAAGGGCAGCAAAAACAAAGGCCCAUCCAAGAGAAAAUCCUCGGCUCCUGGCAGCAAACUGAAGGGAAAGCCGAAGAAAGGGGAAAAGGAAAAACCUCAGGACUCAUCUGAGGACCCUGAGGAAGAUGACGAAGAGGAGCAGUAACAUAACUACCUCAUACCCAACCAAACGAAAAAACCAACCGUCUUCUCUCCAACCAGUGAAUAACAUGGAAUGUCAUUCACAUCUUUCUACAACCACAAAAGGACAGUAAUAGAUGUAAUAUUCUGCAUAAUACAUGAGUUUAUGUCACUAGAUCAAAUAUACUGUAGAAACCAGAAUCACAUUGCAUACAAAUGUCAUGUGUUCCUGUUACUUUUAUUAUAUAUAUCUAUUGGACUGAGGUGCUUUUCUACAUACGCUUUGUCUGUAGUUCUGUUUAGUCAUUUUUGUGUCCAUAUUGUAGACUAGAUUUAGGUCAAGUUAUAAUUUAAUGUGUAACAUCAUGGGCUUAAUAGUUCUAAUAGAAUGCAUUCAUUUUGUAUAUAGCUGUUAACAGUUUAUCUAGAUUUUUGUUAGUGAAUAAUAAUGUGCAGCCAUCAGUGAAUAUUUGUUUCAAGGCAGGUUCUUAUAUUUUGUAAUAAAAUAUAAGUUACUCAGGCCAGAUGUUGAGGGAGCACAUAUUUAGUUUAAAUAAAUAGUUCACCCAAAAAUCUAAAUUUGCUGGAUGUUUACUCGCACUCAGGCCAUCCAAGAUGUAGAUAGUUUUUUUUUUUUCUUA